CAGAGAAGAGAAUUUUCAGCCAAAAAUUUCCCCCUUUUAUUCUUCCAGAUCUUCGUCUCCCCCAUGCCCUAAUCCUCUGAUCGGAACCAUCAAACCCUAGCUAUGGCGAUUCGCCACCUUCUCAAGCUCUCUCGGCGCUCUCAGCAAACCCUAGCAACCACCACUAGAUCCGCUUCAACUGCCACCGCAGUGUCCACCGCUUCCGACACUCGCGCACCAGCUCCACCACCUCCUAAUCAAAUGAUCUAUGAUCGCCUUGCAGAACAAGUCAAAUCGAAGCUCAAACGGCUGGAACAUCCUGAUCCUAGGUUUCUUAAACACAACUCGCCUAUCCCUGCUGCUGCCGAUCAUACGUCUCUGCUCACUUAUCCCGAGACGCGUAUCACAACACUACCUAAUGGACUCCGUGUCGCGACGGAGUCUAACCUUGCAUCCAAGACGGCUACCGUCGGGGUCUGGAUUGAUGCAGGAUCGCGAUUUGAGACCGAUGAGACUAAUGGUGUGGCUCAUUUUCUAGAGCAUAUGAUAUUUAAAGGGACUGCUAAGAGGUCGGUUAGGCAUUUGGAGGAGGAGAUUGAGAAUAUGGGAGGGCAUUUGAAUGCUUACACUUCGAGGGAGCAGACGACUUAUUACGCCAAAGUGAUGGGGGAAGACGUGCCUAAGGCACUUGAUAUUCUAUCAGAUAUAUUGCAGAACUCGGCUUUUGAUGAUAGACUGAUUAAUCGUGAGCGUGGUGUGAUUCUUCGUGAGAUGGAAGAGGUAGGUGCACAGACCGAGGAAGUCAUUUUUGACCAUUUGCAUGCUACAGCUUUCCAACACACUCCUCUUGGUAGGACUAUUCUUGGACCUGCUGAAAACAUUGAGAAGAUUACAAAGAAGGAUAUCCAAGAGUAUAUUUCAACCCACUAUUCUGCCCACAGGAUGGUUAUUUCUGCCUCUGGAGCUGUUAAACACGAGGAUGUGGUGGAGCAGGUGAAGAAAAUGUUCACAAAACUGUCAGCCAACCCCAUAACUACCUCACAGUUAGUAGAAAAGGAGCCAGCAUUAUUCACUGGAUCAGAGGUUCGCAUGAGGGAUGAUGAUAUGCCUCUUGCACAAUUUGCCGUUGCAUUUAACGGGGCAUCAUGGACUGAUCCUGAUUCAGUUGCCUUGAUGGUCAUACAAGCUAUGCUUGGAUCUUGGAACCAAUCUGCCGGAGGUGGCAAACAUAUGGGCUCACAGCUUGCGCAGAUACUGGCUAUUAAUGAAAUUGCUGAGAGCAUGAUGGCUUUCAACACCAACUACAAAGACACAGGGCUAUUUGGGGUAUAUGCUGUUGCGAAGGCCGAUUGCUUGGAUGAUGUGGCUUUUGCAAUCAUGCAAGAGAUAUCUAAACUCUGUUACAGAGUUGGGGACGAUGAUUUACUUCGUGCUCAGAAUCAGCUGAAAUCUUCAUUGCUUCUCCAUGUUGAUGGAACCAGCCCUACUGCUGAAGACAUUGGUCGCCAGCUAAUUACUUAUGGCCGAAGAAUUCCAUUUGCCGAACUAUUUGCCAGAAUUGAUGCAGUCGAUGCUGCCACCAUCAAACGUGUAGCCAACAGAUUCAUAUUUGAUCAGGACAUUGCGAUAGCAGCAUCCGGACCAGUGAAAUUAUUGCCCGACUACAAUUGGUUUCGUCGUCGUACUUACAUGCUCCGCUACUAGCUUACUUCUCUCUUUUUCUUCCUUAUUUAACCACCGAUCUUUUAAAACCCGACCUAAGGGUAAAAGUACGAUUUUGACCUUUUUCAAUCAGAGAAUAAGACUAGGGCUUCUUGUAUAGCCUCUCUUUCUUUCUUUCUUUCUUUCUUUCUUUCUUUACAACUUCAAUUCAAUGUAUACGCCAACCAAACCAAAUGUACGCAGUUUUGGUACGUUUUUUUUUUUUGCAAGUUGAUUAUUGAUUCAGU